AUGUACCCAAUGCGACUUUGCACUGCGACACUACUUCAAGGUCAUCUACCACGAACGUCAUUAACAUCAACGAAAAGCAGCCUGGUGAUUACAGUCAACCUCAGCUCCAUCACCUUCAUCGCUCUAUAA